GGUGAAACCGUUAUUAAACUUGGAACUGAACAUCUUAGUUAUAUUAUUCCUUGCGUGGACAAUUUUCACAUUAUUGGAUGCUUCGCUUUAACUAAGCAAUGGAAGCUACUGCUAUAUAUGAUGAUGAUGACAGAGUUUAUCAUUAAUGCACCGACAUUGUUAGCUCAAAAUAUUGGGAUCACAAAUUCGGUUAUUCAUGCAAAAUGGGUUGUUGUGGCUAAGAAUGAUGAUUCUUAUUAG